AAAUAGGAGUUUUAUUAAUAGUUUUAAAUUGAAAAACACUCUAAAAAAUUCUAUCCCCAAAUCCCCACUUUCUAGGGUUUGUGUGGAUGCAGUCGCAAACUCUCUCUAAACCUCUCAUUUCAUCUCCUUCACAAUUGUUUAAUUAUCUUGAAGCAAGUAUUGCUGUGAAAAAGGAAUGUGCUUUUUCUCGGAAUUAGGAUUAUUGGUCGAGUGAGUAAUUAAGAUGCUAUGUGGUAAUAUCUCAAAGCUGAAAGCUACAAUUUACUGUGGUAUUCAUGAAACAAUAACAAGGAAACAAAGAGUGUCAAUUGCUAGAUUCAACAAUCCUGUUUUGCCUCUUUCAUCGUUGUCUGCAACUUCUUUUUUAUCCAAUUCGACUAGUUGCUUGAAUAGUAAGAAAGUUGGUAGAAAAUUAAUGGCUUCUUCAUCUUCCAAUGCUAUGUUGGGAGAUGUUUAUGUUGAUGAUUUGAUUUCAAGUUAUGGCGGUGUUCAUGACUUAACAACAAAACAUGCUGGUGUGCACUUUAAAGAAAGAACUCAUAAACGCUUUGUGAGAGCUAGUUUGAGUUUGAGAAGACCACAGCAACUUUUGUAUGGUCCUUUAAAUUUCGGGCGUUCCGCUUUUGAUUCUAGUUGGAGGCUUCAGAAUUCGGGUUUGCUUCAUCAACCAUGGUUGAAGAAUUUAUCUAGCUCUUCUUCUGCUUGCUGCUUAGCUGGGGCUGCACAUGAUCUCUCGAUUGACAACAGUCCUCCUGAUGAACAAUUGGAAAAUUCCUCUACUUUGCCUAGCCUCACUACACUUGAUCGCAAGCCAUUGAAGAUGUUAUCAGGAUCAUGUUACCUACCACAUCCAGCUAAAGCUGCUACAGGGGGAGAAGAUGCUCAUUUUAUUUGCUCGGAUGAACAAGCAAUUGGCGUUGCAGAUGGUGUAGGUGGCUGGGCAGAUGUUGGUGUUAAUGCAGGAUUGUUUGCCCAGGAACUUAUAUCCAAUUCAGUAAGAGCAGUUCAAGAGGAGCCCAAAGGUUGUUUUAAUCCAGUAAGGGUUUUAGAGAAGGCUCACUCAAAUACAAAGGCCAGGGGUUCAUCUACUGCUUGUAUCAUUGCUCUUACUGAUGAGGCACUAAAUGCUAUUAAUUUGGGCGACAGUGGAUUCAUUGUGAUUAGAGGUGGAAGCAUCAUUUUCAAGUCUCCUGUUCAACAACACGACUUCAACUUCACAUAUCAAUUGGAGAGGGGUAAUACAGGCGAUCUACCCAGCUCUGGCGAGGUUUUUACAAUACCUGUUUCCCCAGGUGAUAUCAUUGUUGCUGGAACAGACGGCUUAUUUGACAACUUGUACAACAAUGAUAUUGUUGGUGUGGUUGUAAGUUCAACUAGGGCUGGAUUAGAACCACAAGUAACUGCUCAAAAAAUAGCAACGUUGGCUCAAGAGCGAGCUCUCGACAAGAAGAGGCACUCGCCAUUUUCAACUGCUGCUCUCGAGGCUGGAUACCGGUUUUAUGGUGGCAAGCUUGAUGACAUAACAGUUGUUGUUUCUUACAUAUCCAGCUCAGCCAGUGAGUGAUAUUCUUGCCAAUAUUUUUUUUUGCCUCAUUUUGAUUAUAUGGCUGCUAUGGGGCUAUACCUCCGUAGCAAUAAGUUUUUUUCACUUGGUUAUUUCAAACAUUAGUUGCCAAGACAUUCAUAAAUAGUUAAAUACGUUAUUUUUUCUAAUACAGAGAGGUUGUUUACGGCUUCCUUGUUUGCACUAUACAGCAACCCUCUAAAGAAAGAAAAUAAAUAUUCAAUUUUAUUUUGUUA